UUUACAUCCGGGUCAUGCAUAGAACGCACGUUUCUGAGGAGCAUGAUGUGAUUGACUUAACGUUACACAGAUAGUUUUACAUUGAUCUACGCAACUUUUUAGACCGUACAUCGUGAAGAAUGGCGUCUAUGGAGGAAGAUUUCCCCCGUGGUGGGACAGAAAAGAAGACCACCGACUCCAAAAAGAUUAAGGCACACGAAGUGGACAAUCUUUUUGAAACACGUGAAACAGUGGUUACAAAGAAGAGAAAGACCGUGCAACAGGAUGGAAAGCAAAAAACUAAACAACGAAAAGAAGAAAGAGGGGAUUUAAAACUUAAUACUGAAACAAAUGUGGAAAUUCUUCAUUUACGGAAUCUGAAGAUUGGCACUCUGAUGCUGGGCUGUGUGAAGGAAGUGUCAGACUUUGAGGCAGUUGUUGGUUUUCCCAGCGGUCUUGUUGGUUACCUGCCAAUCUUCAACAUUUGUGACUCCUAUACCAGUAUUCUUAAGGACAACGUGGACUCUGAAGACAGUUUGAAGGAAGUUGUCCCUCUCCCACAACUGCUUACUCCUGGAAUGCUGAUCAGAUGCGUUGUGUCGUCUCUCGACUCCUUUAAGGAGGGUCAAACUAGUCUUAAAGUGUCAAUCAACCCUAAAGGGGUUAACAAGGUGUUGAGUUCAGGUUCUUUGAAACCUGGAAUGACACUGAGUGGAUGUGUGGAGAGUGUGGAAGAUCACGGCUUCCUGGUUGACAUCGGAAUCAGUGGCACUAAAGCUUUCCUGCCCAAGCAAAGCACAUCUUCAAAAAAAGAUCUGAAUGUGGGUCAGUACAUGACGGUCCUGAUAGAGGAAGUCAAGAACGAUGGCCGUGUGGUGCGUCUGUCCCAGGAUCCUCAGGCUCUUGGAAAGGCCUGUGCAGAGACUCAGCAAGGAUGGACCCUAGACACGCUCCUGCCAGGACUUCUGAUCCAGGCACGCAUCAAGAAGGUUACUCCUCAUGGGCUUAUCUUGACGUAUCUUUCAUCUUUUACUGGAAUGGUUGAUUUUCUGCACCUUGAUGAGGACAAAGCAUCUACCUACAACACAGGAGAUGAGGUCCUGGCGCGGGUUCUGUAUGUGGAGCCAUCCACGCGGCAUGUGGGUCUGUCCCUGCGCUGGCAUCUCCUGCCACCAGGCGGCGCUGUGCUGGAUGAGGUCUCGAGUGAGCGGGUGGGUGAGGUGGUGCAGUGCUGUAAGAUGUCUGCGUUGCACCAUCACUCUGGAGCCUUGAUGAAGAUGCCUGACGGGACCACAGUCUUUGUGCAUAAAAACCUCACGAAGGAGGCAAAGGAAGAAUUCAACCCAAACAGCUUACUGUCCCAGCCUGAACUCACUCUGAGAAUCAUAGAUUACAGUCCUAUGGAGCGAAUGCACAUGGGCACACUGCGCAGGAGCACCGUUAAUACAGAGUUGUACAGAUAUCAAGACGUGAAAGUGGGACAAAUUGUUGAGGGAACAGUUAUGGAUUUGCAGAAACAGGGUGCGUAUGUGAGGAUAACGAACCACAUCAAAGGAUUGAUACCCAGAAAUCACCUGGCCGAUGUUGUCUUAAAGAACCCAGAGAAGAUAUUCACUAGUGGACUGAGGGUCAAGUGCAGGGUGUUGUCAGUGGACGCUCAGCAGAAGAAGUUGUGCCUGACCAGGAAGAAGGCCCUUGUUGAGUCCACACUCCCUCUCUUCCUGUCCUACGCUGAUGCCAAGGUGGGCCGCGUCUCCCACGGCUUCAUCGUGUGUGUGAAGGACUUUGGCUGCAUUGUUCGUUUCUAUGAAGAUGUGAAGGGUCUGGUUCCUAAGGCAGAACUGUCCACAGAGUAUGUGGGUAAUCCAGAAGAGCUCUUCUUCGUUGGUCAGGUUGUCAAGGCCAAAGUCUUGGAUUGUGAUGAAGAAAAAAAGAUGCUACGUUUAUCCUUCAGGGCCGUUACUGAGGGAGAUGUGAAAGAGGAGAAGACUGCCAAAUUUGACUUUGUGGUUGGAAAGACGGUUGAAGUAAAAGUGUGCCGCAAAGUCCUGGAUGGUCUGGAGGUCUCCAUUCUUCCUGAGGAGGUGCCAGCUUUUAUACCCACAGUGCACCUCUCUGACCACGUGACCAACUGCCUUUCCCUGUGGAUGGUGCUGGAGGAGGGCGACACCAUCUCUAAUUUAAUGUGCCUCAGCAAGACCAAGAAGAGGGGCAUUACUCUCACUAAGAAACCCCUGCUGAAGGCCUGUCUGGAGGACGACAGCGGCCCCAAAAACUUCUCUGAGCUCCAGGUGGGGAUGCAGAUGGUCGGCUGGGUGAAAAACAUCAUGCCUUACGGAGUCUUCAUCGAUUUCCCGUAUGAACUCUUCGGCCUCGCUCCCAAAGCUGCCAUGAGUGAUCAGUUCGUCACGGACACCUCAGUCGUCUUUGACAUCGGCCAGACGGUUGUCGCCAAAGUCACCAAUUUGGAUGAUGAGAAGAACCGGUUUCUGGUCAGUCUGAGGGUGUCAGAAUUGAUUUCCUCUGAGGAAGAGUCCCAAGCCAGACUGAUCCAGGGUCUGAAGGAAAAGAAGGCCAUCUUUGAGAUGAUGACUUGCAGAGGCGAGUCUGACGUCCUGCAGCAGCUCUCUGCUGUAUCUCUGGGAAAUAAACUGAAGGUGACGGUGGGCGAUAGCAGAGAGGAUGGCUCGGUCACACUGACCUCAGAUCAGCUCAGUGAAGCCACUGUAUUGGUCUCAAAGUACCACACAGAAGGUGUGAAUGUGAGUCCAGGCUGCAAACUCACUGCAGUCGUUCUCCAUGUCGACAUUUCCAAGUCUGAGGUCCAUGUGUCGCUGCUUCCAAAGCUGACCGGGACCCUGAGGAAAAAGUUGGAAAAGGACUCCAAACUCACUGCCACUGUCCAGUACACCGACAAAGAAUUUGCUGUCGUCUCAUUGGCUGACACUGGUCACCUGACCAUCAUUCCCACUCGCUCUCACAUAAAUGACAUCUUAAACUCAAAGAAAUUUCUCGUCGGUUCCUGUCUGAAUGUGACCGUCAAGGAGAACAGCUGUGAGGAGUUGGGAGGUCUUCCUCUUGUCGAGUGUCAGAAACAGAACGCAACGGGAGGAACGCAGAAACCGGAGCAGAGCAAAUUUAAGAGCACAGGUCUUGGGGAAGUGAUGACCGUGACCAUAAAGAAGGUGAAGCCCAUGGAUGUGGUGGUGACGCUGCCGUCGGGGACCGCAGGAAGUAUCCAUGUAUCUCAGAUCGAGGAGUCACCAGUGGUCGGCAGCUUCCCAACAUCAACCCUGAAGGUCGGGAGCAAGGUCGAAGCCAGAGUGAUUGGAGCACAAACAGUUCAUGGUCACAAGUUCCUGCCAAUCUCUCAUCCCUCCUUUAAGGUUUGCCUCCCUGAACUCACUCUUCUGCCCAGCAAACUGAAUGAAGCUGACAAGAAGACAGUUGACAAAUUAAACUACAAACCUGGAGAUGAAGUCACAUGCUUUGCAUCAAAGUUCGACAAAGAAUCACAGUGCUUAGAAGUCCAUGUGAAGCCCAACGUCAUGGGAACUGUUGAACUGUUAGCCAUGAUUACCAAAGCUAGCCAAGCUAAACACCCACAGACGCUUUUUAAACUGGGACAGACUGCUUCUGCAAAGGUUGUUGGUCUUGGUAACACCAAACCUUUUCGUCUUUCCCUUUCACUCACAGGGACGUACAAGAUGGAGCAAGGGGUGAUCACCAUGGCGAAGGUUUGGAAAAUUGUGCCUCACAUGGGACUGUUUCUCCAGCUCCCGUUUGGGAAUUCGGGUUUGGCUUCGCUAACAGAUCUCUCUGAUGAAUUCACAGACAACCCGCUAGAGCCCUACAAGCUGGGCCAAAUAGUCCGAUGCUACGUUAUUGGGGAGGAAAAUGAAAACUUCAACAUUUCAUUGCGUCCCUCCAGAUUGUACAAGGACCACAAUCAGAAUCUUACAGAUCCAGACAUUCAGUCAAUUUCUGAUAUAAAAGAGGGCCAGAUUAUCAGAGGAUAUUUGAUGUCGGUUACUGAUCUAGGCAUAUUUGUGAGGUUAUCAAGAACCAUCUCAGGAAGAGUUCUUUUCCAGAAUGCUUCAAAAUACUUUGUGAACGACCAAAAAACGUUUUCCGAACACAUUCCCGCGAAUGCAUUGCUGACAGCCAAGGUUCUCAGUGUGAACAGUAAGAACGAGCAUGUGAACCUGUCACUGCUGCCAAAGGACACUGGCAAACCAGAUCUGCUCCCGGAAUCCCUUGAGCUUCCAUUGCAUUUGAAAAAAGAGCCGAUCGAGGAAUAUGUCACGAAAGCCACCAAGAGGAAGCGGGUUAAUUCUGAGAGCCAGCAUCAAGACGGUGAGAAAAAUGGACAGACGAUUAAAAAGAAAAAAGAAGGCCCAGUCAAAUCCACAGAAAAGAAGAAAACCAAAAAAAGAAACCUAAAACAGAGGAUAAUGACAGUGGUGUAGAAGUGUUCUUCAGAGAAGAGGAAGUAACACCGUUAACAGACCAAGUAAAGGUUAAUCUGGAGGCAAAGGAACCAGAACGGCUGCAGAUGGCUUUUGGCUUCCCGUGGGGAUCCACACUGUGCUCUUUAACACCUUUUGCCGCAGUAGACGACACCCGUGAUUCCAGUGAGGACGAGCAGGAAGUCACGAGCAAGGUGAG